AUGGCUGAGGCUGCUGCACCUCUAAAGGCAACCAGGCAAGGCUCUGUGGAGCCCUUCACCCUGGUGGAGGGCCCCGAGGCCUGGUAUGCCAAGGACUACCGCGGCCGCAGCGACUGGGUCACCGUGCUGUCACCCACCCACAUCGCGGAGCUCGAUGCCGCCGUCCAGGGCAUUUUGCGCUCGGGCAUCGACCUGCGCAGCCAGCUGCACAAGGUCACGCGGGAGCAGUUCCCGCUGCCCACGCUGGGCCCGGUGCUGGACGGCGUGCGCGAGGAGGUCCGCGCCGGCCGCGGGUUCGCCCUGAUCCGCAACUUCCCCGUCGAGAGGUACACGCGUGCCGAGGCCAUCGUGGGCUACUGGGGCCUGGGCCUGUACUGGGGCAAGGCGGUGUCCAACAACAAGGCAGGCCACAUGAUCGGCCACAUCAAGGACAUCGGCCACGACCCCAACAACCCCCUCACGCGCCUCUACGCCACCAACGCAGCGCAGCCGUACCACAACGAUUCAGCCGACAUCGUGUCGCUGCUGUGCCUCAAGGCCGCGCGCUCCGGCGGCCUCAGCAGCUUCGCCAGCAGCAUCACGGUCCACAACGAGAUCCUCAAGCGCCGCCCCGACCUGGCGCGCGUGUUUGCUGGCGACUGGUACUUUGACCGCAAGGGGGAGGUGCCGCCGGGCAAGAAGCCGUUCUUCGCGAUCCCGGUGUUCAACUACCACGAGGGUUACCUGAGCGUAAACUACAGCGACAACUACUACCUGCUGUCGCAGCGCCACGCAGAGGUGCCGCGCCUGACCAAGGCCCACUACGAGGCCAUGGAGCUGUUCAACCAGCUGGCCCGCAGCGACGAGCUGCGCCAGGACCACAUGCUGCAGCCGGGGGAGAUCGAGCUGCUGUCCAACCACACGCAGCUGCACACGCGCGCCGCGUUUGAGGACUACGACGACGUGGACCAGCGCCGCCACCUGCUGAGGCUGUGGCUGGCGCCGGCGGUGGACAGGCCGCUGCCGGAGAGCUACAAGGAGAUCUAUGGCGGCAGCGUCGAGGUCGGCAACCGCGGCGGCAUCCACGUGGAGGGCACCGAGGAGCACAUCUCCCUGGAGGCAGAGUGA